GCGGUGGUGGGGGCGGGAGGCGUUGGGGUCUCUCCGCUGCCCUGGCCGCCUGGGAGCCGCCGCCUAGAAGGAUUUAUUCCCCGUUAGCUCUUCUCAUCUAACACCCUAUAUCCAAGACAAGAGGUUCUGACUCACCAGGAGUCCAUAUUAGCUAUUGAGGCAAGGCUGAGGAUGGAAGGUGUUGAAUUUAAGGAAGAGUGGCAAGAUGAAGAUUUUCCAAGGCCCCUACCAGAGGAUGAUCAUGUUGAAGCAGAUAUACUAGCUGCAACUGGCCAACAAGGCCAGCAUGAAGUGAAUGGAAACAAAGUUAGGAAGAAACUAAUGGCUCCAGAUAUUAGCUUAACACUGGAUCACAGUGAGGAAUCGGUGUUGUCUGAUGACUUAGAUGAGAGUGGAGAGGUCGAUUUGGAUGAUUUAGAUACUCCAUCUGAGAACAGUAAUGAGUUUGAAUGGGAAGAUGAUCUUCCAAAACCAAAAACUACUGAAGUAAUGAGAAAAGGAUCGCUUCCUGAAUACACUGCUGCAGAGGAGAGAGAUGAUGGGCGACGCUGGCGUAUGUUCAGGAUUGGAGAACAGGAUCACAGGGUGGACAUGAAGGCAAUUGAACCCUAUAAAAAAGUUAUCAGCCACGGAGGUUAUUAUGGCGAUGGGUUAAAUGCCAUUGUUGUGUUUGCUGUUUGCUAUAUGCCUGAAAGCAGUCAGCCUAACUACAGAUAUCUAAUGGAUAAUCUAUUUAAAUAUGUUAUUGGCACUUUAGAACUGUUAGUAGCAGAGAACUAUAUGAUAGUUUACUUAAAUGGUGCUACAACACGGAGAAAAAUGCCAAGUUUAGGCUGGCUCAGGAAAUGUUACCAGCAAAUCGAUAGAAGGUUAAGGAAAAACCUGAAAUCGUUAAUAAUAGUUCAUCCUUCUUGGUUUAUCAGAACACUUCUGGCCAUCACAAAACCUUUUAUUAGCUCAAAAUUCAGCCAAAAAAUUAGAUAUGUCUUUACCCUGGCAGAGCUAGCUGAACUCAUCCCCAUGGAAUAUGUUGGCAUACCAGAAUGCAUAAAACAGUAUGAAGAAGAAAAGUUUAGAAAGAAACACAAAAGAAUUGACCAAGAGCUUGAUGGGAAACAAGAACAGAAAAGUGAACAGUAAGUUUGGAGUCCAGACAAGAUGGAAGACUGUGCAGGUGGAAUGAUCUGGGUUUUUUUGUUCUUUGUUUUUUUGCAUUUACAAUGCAUUCAUUAGCCUUUAUUAUGUAACCUGUUAUAAAAGGUGCCUUGAUAUAUCUCUGGAUUUGUACACAAGGGACUGUUCUCUACAGUAUUGGUUUGCAAAUUUGGGUUGAAUUCUUGACUUUAAUAGCUACUUUACCAUGUAAUCAUUUUAUAUUGUUAAAUGUCAAAGAACCAUAUGUUUAUAGGAGGCAUUCUUGCAAUUAUCUAAAUGAUGCAUGUUCUUCAGUAAAAUAUUUAUAUACCUAAAUGUUAAAGGAAAGAGAUAAUAUAUUUUUAUGACUCUUUGAGCAAUAUUUUAUAAUGUUUGCCUGCAGAAUGAAUUCUUUUGCAAGUGGACAAGGCCAUAAAUGAGUGCUGUCAUUGUUUUGUAAAGUGCAUGAUGAAUGUUUUUUGCUGUAAAUAGCUAAUACAUUUCCUGAAUGAUUUAGAAACCUAAUGAUUUUUAGAUGCCGGUGUUCACUUAGUGCAGUUGUCUCAUAAAUGUGAAGAUAAUCAUUUUUGUUCCUGUGUCUAAUACAAGUAGAACUCAUUUACACUGCCAGAAUGAUCUUGAGCUUUGGUUUGUCUUUGGUUUUCUUCAAAAUACAGAUUUGUAGCUCUGUGAAUUUCAGCUUAUUGGCUACCACCUCUUAGCCUAGUUAAGCCAUAUUGGGGACUAAAUAUUUCAAAUGACUAAUAGCAUAAUGAGCUUUUCACCAUUAGGUCACUAGUUUAAAUUCUGCUCAGGUGUUUAGUAGAUAAAAGCUGUCUAGUCAGUGAUGGGUGUGAAAUGAGCUCAGUCCUGUUACUCUUGGAUGAGUGUCAGUUGGCACUAACUGAAACUGUUCAGUCUCAGCAGACACACAAAGAAUUGCAUGGGCAUGGAGCUGAACUGUCCUUUCAACCAUAAAAGUUAUCCAUUCAGGUCAAGAUUGAAGUACCCUGGAGAGGAGGUGUGGAAAAUCUUGCACUGCUUUUACUUUGUAGAUGGAGAUCUUCCAUUUCCAGUGCUAUCUGGCACUUCUCAUAAGCACUAAAUUCACUUUAAAGAAUGUAAUGAGUCUGUGGUUUUUUUUUUUU